GAGCCUGAACCAGUGGAGGACUGUGUGCAGAGCACACUCGCUGCCUUGUACCCACCCUUUGAAGCCACAGCCCCAACCCUGUUGGGCCAAGUGUUCCAGGUGGUGGAGAGGACUUACCAGGAGGAUGCACUGAGGUACACGCUGGACUUCCUGGUACCUGCUAAACACCUGCUUGCCAAGGUCCAGCAGGAAGCCUGUGCCCAGUAUAGUGGAUUUCUCUUCUUCCACGAGGGCUGGCCACUCUGCUUGCAUGAACAGGUAGUAGUGCAGCUAGCAGCACUUCCCUGGCAGCUGCUGCGCCCUGGCGACUUCUACCUGCAGGUAGUACCUUCAGCAGCCCAAGCUCCCCGUCUGGCACUGAAAUGUCUCGCCCCAGGAGGUGGGCGGGUACAGGAGCUGCCAGUGCCCAGUGAAGCCUGUGCCUACCUAUUCACACCCGAGUGGCUACAAGGCGUUAACAAGGACCGGCCAACGGGGCGCCUGAGCACCUGCCUUCUAUCUGCACCUUCUGGAAUUCAGCGGCUGCCCUGGGCUGAGCUCAUCUGCCCAAGAUUUGUGCACAAAGAGGGCCUCAUGGUUGGACAUCAGCCAAGCACACUGCCCCCAGAACUGCCCUCUGGGCCCCCAGGGCUUCCUAGCUCUCCACUCCCGGAGGAGGUGCUGGGUACCCGGAGUCCUGGGGAUGGACACAACGCUCCUGCAGAGGGUCCUGAAGGUGAAUACGUGGAACUGUUGGAGGUGACACUGCCUCAUAUGAGGGGAAGCCCCACAGAUGCUGAGGCCUCGGGCCUCUCCAGGACCCGCACAGUCCCUACCCGUAAGAGUACUGGAGGGAAGGGCCGGCACCGGAGACACCGGGCAUGGAUGCACCAGAAAGGCCUAGGGUCUAGGGACCAGGAUGGGUCACGGCCACCUGGUGAAGGGAGUAGCACUGGGGUCUCUUCUGACUCACCCCCAGGGGCUGAGGCAGACCCAGAUACAACAGUCCUGGUGGCAUCUGAGCCCCCAGCAGAGGCUCUGGGGGAGACCUCUGAAUCCUGCCUCCUGUCAGGCGAGGCUGGGGGAGGAGUGGGCCAGGGGACUGAAGGACCACCUGGUACUCCUCGAAGAACAGGCAAAGGGAACAGAAGAAAGAAGCGAGCUGCUAGCAGAGCUGCUGUAAAAGGGGAGAGUACUCCGCUCAGCCCCAGGGACAAGGAAGAGACUAGACAGCAGGAAGUCCUUGUCAGUCUGCCCUCACCCAGUGAACAGGAACCUGCAGAAUGCAGCCCGGUUAAGGAGGAAGAGGAUUCUGGGAAGCCAGAGUCUGAACUAAAAGAACUCAAGCCAACAGACGAAAAAGAGCCUGUACCCCCAGAAGACUGUGAGCCUCCAGAAGAGGGAAUCAGAGAGAGUGAACAAAAGGGAUUGAUCCCAGUGUCUACAGCAGGAUCCACAGGUCCAGAGUGGCUUCCAUCUGACCCCCCAACACAACCCCUGGAGACUGUGCAGGAUGUAAAAGGAGACAGCAUCCCAGAAGAAACUCCCGAAGUUUCCAUCUUAGACCACCCACUUGUAGCUUGGGACUUGAUGGCAUCUGGAUUCUUCGUUCUGACUGGGGGCAUCGAUCAGACUGGGAGAGCUUUGCUGACGAUCACACCACCGCCUCCAUGCCUUCCUGAGGAGCCCUCACCCUCCCAAGAGACACUCAACACUGCUCUUCGUUACCUCUACUCACUGCUCAGGCCUGAUUUGCAGUUAUUGGGGCUCACUAUCCUGCUUGACCUUCGCAAGGCACCCCCACUGCCUCCAGCACUUAUUCCUGCCUUGAGUCAGCUUCAGGACUCAGGCAACCCUCCGCUUAUUCAGAGGCUAAUGAUUCUCAUUCAUGAAGAGCCUCCAGCUGAACUCUGUGGAUUUCAGGGAGCUGAGUUGCUGUCAGAGAAGGACCUAAAAAGAGUGGCCAAGCCAGAGGAGCUGCCAUGGGACUUAGGAGGUCACAAGGAUGUCUCCCCCAACCACUGGGUAGAGAUACAUCAGGAAGUGGCAAGGCUGUGCAGCUUGUGCCAAGGCGUGUUGACCUCUGUACGUCAGGCCAUUGAGGAGCUAGAGGGAGCAGCGGAAGCACAGGAAGAGGAGGCGGCAGGAAUGCCUGAGCCCCUGCAAAAGGUGCUGGCUGAUCCUCGGCUGACAGCACUACAGAGGACUGGAGGCGCCAUCCUGAUGCGGCUGCGAUCCACCCAUAGCAGCAAGCUAGAGGGUCCAGGCCCAGCUGUGUUAUACCAGGAGGUAGAUGAGGCCAUCCACCAACUCGUGCGUCUCUCCAACCUACGUGUGCAGCGGCAGGAACAACGCCAACGCCUGCACCAACUCCAACAGGUGUUACAGUGGCUCUCUGGCCCAGGGGAAGAGCAGCUGGCCAGCUUCGCCAUGCCUGGGAACUCACUCUCAGUCUUGCAAGAGACAGAACUGCGAUUCCGGGCUUUCAGCACUGAGGUGCAGGAGCGCCUAGUCCAGGCCCGGGAAGCUUUGGCCCUGGAGGAGGACAUGGCCUCCCAGAAAGUUCUGGAUAUCUUUGAGCAGCGACUGGAGCAGGUUGAGAGUGGCCUCCAUCGGGCUCUGCGGCUCCAGCGCUUCUUCCAGCAGGCACACGAAUGGGUAGAUGAGGGCUCUGCUCGGCUGGCAGGAGCUGGGCCUGGUCGUGAAGCUGUGCUGGCAGCCCUAGCCCUACGGCGGGCCCCAGAGCCCAGUGCAGGCACUUUCCAGGAGAUGCGAGCCCUGGCCCUGGACCUGGGCAGCCCAGCAGUCCUUCGAGAAUGGGGCCGAUGCCGAGCACGCUGCCAAGAGCUGGAAAGGAGGAUUCAGCAGCAGCUGGGAGAGGAGGCCAGUCCUAGAGGCCACAGACGACGACGGGCAGACAGUGCCAGCAGCACAGGGGCCCAGCAUGGAGCCCAUAGCCCUUCGCCCAGCCUCAGCUCCCUGCUUCUUCCCAGCAGCCCUGGGCCACGGGCAGCCCCAUCACAUUGCUCUCUGACCCCAUGUGGGGAGGACUAUGAGGAGGAAGGCCUUGAGCUAGCUCCAGAAGCAGAUGGAAGACCCCCACGGGCUGUGCUGAUCCGAGGCCUGGAGGUUACCAGUACAGAAGUGGUAGACAGGACGUGUUCACCCCGAGAACAUGUGUUGUUGGGUCGGGCUGGAGGACCAGAUGGGCCCUGGGGAAUAGGUACCCCUCGAAUGGAGCGCAAACGAAGCAUCAGUGCCCAGCAGCGUCUAGUGUCUGAACUGAUUGCCUGUGAGCAAGAAUACAUAACCACUCUGAAUGAGCCAGUGCCACCACCUGGGCCCGAGCUGACUCCUGAGCUUCGGUGUACCUGGGCUGCAGCCCUGAGUGCCAGAGAGAGACUUCGCAGCUUCCACGGGACACACUUUCUACAAGAGCUUCAGGGCUGCACCACCCAUCCUCUGCGCAUUGGGGCAUGCUUCCUUCGCCAUGGGGACCAGUUCAACCUCUAUGCACAGUUGGUGAAGCACAGACACAAACUGGAGAGUGGUCUGGCUGCCCUCACCUCCUCGGCCAAGGGUUCCAUGGAGAGCAGCCCUUGCCUGCCCCGAGCCCUGCAACAGCCCCUGGAGCAGCUGGCUCGGUAUGGACAGUUCCUGGAGGAGCUCCUGAGGGAAGCUGGGCCUGAGCUAAGCUCUGAGCGCCAGGCCCUCAGGGCUGCUGUACAGUUGCUCCAGGAACAAGAGGCCCGAGGCAGGGAUUUGCUCGCAGUGGAAGCUGUGCGAGGCUGUGAGAUAGAUUUGAAGGAACAGGGACAGCUCUUGCAUCGGGACCCAUUCACUGUCAUCUGUGGGCGGAAAAAGUGCCUCCGCCAUGUCUUUCUGUUUGAGGACCUGCUCUUGUUCAGCAAGUUCAAGGGCUUUGAGGGAGGAUCUGAGACCUUCGUUUACAAGCAGGCUUUCAAGACUGCUGACAUGGGGCUGACAGAAAACAUCGGGGACAGUGGACUCUGUUUCGAGCUUUGGUUCCGGCGGCGGCGCGCACGAGAAGCAUACACUUUGCAAGCUAUCUCACCAGAGACCAAACUAAAGUGGACAAGUUCUAUCGCCCAGCUGCUAUGGAGACAGGCAGCCCACAACAAGGAGCUCCGAGUGCAGCAGAUGGUUUCCAUGGGCAUUGGCAAUAAACCUUUCCUGGACAUUAAAGCCCUGGGGGAACGGACACUGAGUGCCCUGCUCACUGGAAGAGCCGCCCGCACCCGGGCCUCCGUAGCCGUGUCAUCUUUUGAGCAUGCUGGCCCGUCCCUUCCCGGCCUCUCACCGGGAGCCUGCUCCCUGCCUGCCCGCGUCGAGGAGGAGGCCUGGGAUCUGGACGUCAAGCAGAUUUCCCUGGCCUCAGAAACACUUGACUCUUCGGGAGAUGUGUCCCCAGGACCAAGAAACAGCCCCAGCCUGCAGCCCCCGCACCAUGGGAGCAGCACUCCCACCCUGGCCAGUGGAGGGAUCUUAGGGCUCUCCCGACAGGCCUGGCUGAGAAGCAUCAAGGUCAGAGAGUCAUUCCCGAGCCCUGAGUGACCCCACCACGCCUCUGUGACCUGAUGCAUGCGAGUCAGCUUCUUGCCUCUCCCAACCCAUCUCCCUCUUCUCUCCUGGCUUCCAGAGAAGAUCCAGAACUUGGCUGCAGCCCCUUGCCAGCACUUUUAGGCUGGUAAGCCAAUGGGACAUAAUGGAGGACUAAGCUCUCAAUUUCCUCCCUCUACUUCCUGGACAGAGAGGAGGGCAAGGACCAGAGAGCGUCCCCUGUCACUGCUAUCUCUAGCUCUCCCCUGCUUGGUGCCUUCUGCUGCAGGAACCAGAGUGGCCCUGUGUGCUUGCCUUUAUGCCCUGGGGGCAGGGACCCAUCCCUCCUCCAGUCCCCCCCCCAUCCUGUGCUGCUGCACAACCACAGGACGCUCACUGCUGACAGCCUGCUUCUCUUCCCAUCCCCUGACUCUCCUGGAAGAUUCAUCUCUGCCAGGUCGGAUGGAAUUCCAUUCCGGGGUAUCAUGGGACAUGACGUGUUCUAAGCCAUUGAAGGAGAUGGGGUGGGCGUUGCAGACUUUAUAUAUGUAAUUACUGUUGUUAUACUAUUGUUAUAUUAAAUGUAUUUACUCUCACUGUGCCUCCCAAGGGCCAGAGCAGGCCUCUGGA